UGGAUCUUGGCUCCGCCCCCAGCCGAUUGAUGUGCGCGGACAUCUCUGCGCAAGCGCAGUAACCGCGUGGCCGCCAUUGGGCUGUCAGUCUGGCAUGCGACUGAGCACUGGAGCAGAGGUUGGAAACAUGGAGUUCCAGGCGGUGGUGAUGGCUGCGGGCGGGGGAUCCCGGAUGACAGACUUGACCUCCAGUGUCCCCAAACCCCUUCUCCCUGUGGGCAAUAAGCCUUUGAUCUGGUACCCGCUGAACCUGCUGGAGCGCGUUGGAUUUGAAGAGGUCAUUGUGGUGACGUCCAAAGAUGUGCAGAAGUGUUUGCCGUAUACAGAUUUCAAGAUGAAACUCGAUGUGGUGUGUAUCACGGAUGAGGCCGACAUGGGGACAGCCGACUCCCUGCGCCAUAUUUCUCAGAAAAUUAAGACAGAUGUGUUGGUGCUGAGCUGUGAUCUCAUAACCGACGUAGCGCUCCACGAGGUUGUGGAUCUGUUCCGGGCACAUGAUGCUUCCCUUUCUAUGUUGAUGAAGAAAGGCCAAGAGUCGGUAGAGCCAGUUCCAGGACAGAAAGGGAAAAACAAGCCAGUGGAGCAGCGGGACUUCAUUGGCGUCGAUACCACGGGAAAGAGGCUGCUCUUCAUGGCUAACGAGGCCGACUUGGAUGAAGAGCUCAUCAUUAAGGCAUCCGUCCUGCAGAGGCAUCCUAGAAUACACUUCCAGACAGGUCUUGUGGACGCCCAUCUCUACUGCCUGAAGAAAUACGUUGUAGAUUUCCUGGUUGAAAACAGGUCAAUCACAUCCAUCCGGAGCGAGCUGAUCCCAUACUUAGUCAGGAAACAGUUCUCCUCGCCUUCAUCACUGCCAGAGCGAAUGGAGAAGGAGCAGUCCCCAGAGAAGAAGGACCAGAAGUCCAUAGACAUUUACAGCUUCGUCAAGGACCAUGACCUGCUGACUGUGGACCCCCACAACACCUAUUGGAAGGACUGCCAAGGGGAGGGGCAGGAAGGCUUUGCUCGGAGCCGAGUCAGCUGCUAUGUCCAUGUCAUGAAAGAGGGGGUCUGCUCUAGAGUGAACACCCUGGGGCUCUACAUCGAAGCCAACAAGCAGAUUCCCAAAUUGUUGCCUGUUCUCUGCCCUGAGGAAGCCUUACUUCAUCCAUCUGCACAGAUCUCUGACCAGGCUAUGGUUGGGGUGGACAGCAUCAUAGGACCAUCUGUGCAGGUGGGCGAGAAGACUUCCAUCAAACACUCCGUCAUUGGGUCCAGCUGCCUCCUGAGAGACAGAGUGAAAAUCACCAACUCUCUGCUUAUGAACUCUGUCAUCAUUGAGGAAGGAUGCAGCAUCCAGGGCAGCGUGAUCUGUAACAAUGCUGUCAUCGAGAAAGGUGCAGACAUCAAGGACUGCCUGGUCGGCAGCGGUCAGCGGAUAGAAGCUAAAGCCAAGAGAGUGAACGAGGUGAUCGUGGGGAAUGACCAACUCAUGGAGAUCUGAGGUUAUCAGCGUCUGCGUCUGUUCUGAAGUCUCCCAGGACUGGGCAGAGGCCCGGCCUUUGCCGACCACAACUACUUUCCUGUCUGGCUCUCUUUGUAUUGCUCUCCCAAUAAAGACAUGUCUCCAGUGGG